AUGUGUAACGUUAACGGCAAACCAUGCUGGGUAACGGCGGCAUUGACACUUCUCAUCGUCCUCAUAGUCGUCUCAACGACCCUCGCCGCCCUGGCGCUCACCGUCUUCCGUCCAAGGGAUCCAACUUUCACCAUUGAACUCGUAGGCCUGCCCGCCGUCCGGCUGGAGGAUAUAGUCCCCGCCAGAAACGUCACCGUCACGGUCGUGAUCGGCAUCAGCAAUGGGAACUACGCCAGCUUUGCAUGGAGGGACUUCACGGCGUCGAUAAGGCUCAACGGGACAGCGAGGGACUUCACGGCGUCGAUAAGGCUCAACGGGACGGCGGUGGGCGAGGUGACGAUUCGAGGCGGCCGAGUGGUUCAACGUACGAAUAAUAUGAACGUCACGGCUGCUCCGACGUUUGAGCCGGCCAAGCUGCUGCUCCCGCCCUUCAACCUGCCGUCGGUGAUCGCCGCUCUGCGCGGCGGAGGGUUGCACUUCACUUGCUCCGUCACGGUGUUUGGGGAGGUCAAGGCGUUCGGCGUCGUUUCGCUCCCUGGGGUUCGUGGCUCGAUUUCUAUUGAUUGCGUCGGUUCCAUGUACGUGGACGGUAUCUUUUUCCACCGGGAGGGUGGUUUCUUUGGAGGGCAGGCUUCGUGCUGGACGGCCAAGAAGCGAUUAUUGCUACUUUCCGGCAAGUAA